ACGAGCAGAAGAUCGAUAGUGCUCUACCGUUCGAGGUGACACAAACACCCGAAUCCCUACUUCGAAUCCACAGGAAUCGAAAGCAUCGAUUCUGGAAUCGAAUCGGUAGAAUGGGAACGUCCUCUAGGCAGAACACGCAGAACCAGAGAGUAGAACAGGGGGCAGGCAGAGACUUGCCCAUGGAGAACGUUGGCUGCUCCUUUUAAACUUUAAUUAAAAUGUAACUAAAUAUUGGAGUGCAAAAUGACAAUUUUUGGGAACAUUGAACGGUUCUAAAUCAAUGGAGAAAUUUGAUGGCAACAUUCAGAAGCUCAUUUUAAAUGGGAUUAUUAAUUGUGUCAGCAGCGAGGAACUCAGAGAAUCGAAGUUUACCAAAGACAGCAGGCGAUAAAAAUUAGAAAACCAUGUUGCAAUCGCUAUUACAGAAGUCAAAGUCACUUCUUGGUGUCGGGAAAGGUGAAGAACAAGUCAUUGAGCAUUCAGUUGAAGCUUCAACAUUGGAUGCAUAUAAUGGAAAUGAUAAAAAUUGUGAAGAAUUGAAGGAAUAUAUUUAUGAUAUCAUUCGCACUAUUAAAGAUCCAGAGAAACCUGCAUCUUUAGAAGAUCUGCAUGUAGUGUACGAAGAAGGUGUUUUUGUUCAUCAACCAGAUCAGAACAACUGGGUGGCAAUAAGAGUUGAGUUCAACCCAACUGUUCCACAUUGCUCAUUGGCAACUUUGAUUGGCCUUUGUAUAAGAAUAAAAUUGGAGAGAUGCUUGGCAGAAAAAUUUAAACUGGAUAUAUAUAUAAAGAAAGGAGCCCACUCAACUGAAGAUGAGAUUAACAAGCAAAUCAAUGACAAGGAAAGGAUUGCUGCAGCGAUGGAAAACCCUAAUCUUCGAGAAUUAGUAGAAGGAUGCAUCCAAGAAGCAGACUGACAUUUGACAUUACAAGUUCCCUAUUGUAAAUACUAUCGGUGUUUUAUAAAUGCAUGUAUUAUGUAAAUAUUUAUAUUUUAAUGAUUAAUAAAAUGAUUGUAAUACAUAUUCAAAA